AACAUGAGUGAAGUUUCUUGCAAAAAACGAGAUGAUUAUUUGGAAUGGCCUGAGUAUUUCAUGGCAGUGGCCUUCUUGUCAGCCCAGAGAAGCAAAGAUCCAAAUUCCCAGGUUGGAGCCUGCAUUGUGAAUGCAGAGAACAAGAUUGUCGGGAUCGGGUACAAUGGAAUGCCAAAUGGGUGCAGCGAUGACCUGUUGCCUUGGAGGAGGACAGCAGAGAACAGGCUGGACACCAAAUACCCUUACGUGUGCCAUGCCGAGCUGAAUGCCAUCAUGAACAAAAAUUCGGCCGACGUGAAAGGCUGCAGCAUGUACGUCGCCUUGUUCCCGUGUAACGAGUGCGCGAAGCUCAUCAUCCAGGCAGGUAUAAAAGAAGUUAUUUUCAUGUCUGAUAAAUACCACGAUAGUGAUGAGACAACAGCUGCGAGGCUCAUGUUUGAUAUGGCGGGGGUCACAUUCAGGAAAUUCACACCGAAGUGCAGCAAGAUUGUCAUUGACUUUGAUUCAAUUAACAGCAGACCGAGUCCGAAGCUUCAGUGAGUCACAUCUCAUUAAAUCUCCAGAAGAUUGGGAUUAUCCUCUUCUAAGAAGCUGCUAAUGCCUUUCAUCUUGAAGUUACACAUAACUUUUUAAUAGCCAGUACGGCAAAAGUAGACAUCUAAAGAAUAUAAAGCCUCAAAUCUCCUUACUGUCUCUCCUGUCACAUGGAAUCUACAUCUGUUUAAACUAUUGAUUUAGGGUUUAAAAACAGGGACCCUGUAGAUGGCCUGUUGCACAGAGCUGGAGCGCGGUGUGGUGCCUCCCCCUCUUGUAUCCCGGUUUGCUGGGAUGCCCGGGGCUCUGCAGGAGGGCGUCAGCUAUCUGUCAUCGCUGUGUCUCAGCAGCCUUUCCUCGCUGCUACAUGUGCUGGAAGGACAAAUAAAUAAUUGUUGUUGUGUUCUUA